UUUGUUGAUCUUGGAAGGGAGGUAACUCCAGUGUUUUGUGCGAGUGUUUCGAGGAAGACGUGACGACCGUUCAGGUAAAAUACACAUCAACGAGUUGACAUAGUUCGUGGUCAACAUGGCAUCUCGGCAGCUGAUCAAUGUGGACGUCGUCAGCGACGUCAUCUGACCAUGGUGUUGGGUCGGCAAGAGGAAGUUGGAGGUCGCUUUAGCUGAUCUCGCGGAAAACUUCGAGGUCCGCGUUCGAUGGGAACCCUUCCUCCUCCGACCCAAUACCCCCCUCGAGGGGAUGCCCAAACCCGCCAUGUAUACAGACCCCGCGAAUCCCAGGGUCCAGUACCUGAAACAAGCCGGACAGGAAGUGGGUAUCGACUUUACCAAUAAGGCCACAGUAGUCCCCAAUACACUCAAAGCGCAUGCGCUGAUGGAACUUUCCAAACACAAGGGAGGAGAAAGCCUACAGAAUGACGUCGCCGAACGACUCUUCGACACGUACUUUACGAAAGGGAAGUUCUUAGGCGAUGACGUCCUGAUGGGAGUGGGAAAGGAGGCUGGCCUUGACCCGGGAGAAGUCAAGGCUUAUAUCAACAACCAGGCAGUGAUCCAGGACAUCCGCACGAGAGCGUUGUCAUGGAGUCAGAAAGGUGUUUCCGGUGUCCCCUUCUUCUACAUGAACGGCCAUCGCAUGUUCUCCGGUGCACAGGAUGUGGAGACUUUCAAGAAGAUGAUGCAGAUGGCGGCUGAGAAGUUCCCGCAAGAAGCCAGCAGUCGCACUUGAAAUCAAAAUGAUUUGACGUGACCAAAUGUGUAGCGAUCUAGCACCGAGUGGAAAAGCCUUAACGACCAAUCACUAGGGACCUCGUCUUUAUCCCGCUCUCUGAGUGCGUGUCUUGCUAUAAUCUAUGUGUGUUUGUGCAACAAUACCCAGUGACCAAUUAUGCAGUAGUCUGUGCUGAUGAUUUGUUUGUCCCGCUACUACGUGUGUGAAGCUUAUGCUUAAAUAUCCAGUGACCAUUUAAUUAAUUUGUUAGUGUUAAUGUUGCCCUUUUGAAAAGUGACCCUAUGACGACAGCCAUUAAACUGACCAGUGGCUGAGCUGAUGUUAGUCACGUGACGUGAAGAGUAACAUCACCACUACGGCGACUUCCUUUGAUUGGCUAGAGACAGGUGACACUGUGUUUGAUUGGUGCGAUACCCCAUGUCCAUUUUAUCCAAGAAGCUUGACAGUGUUUAGAUAUAUGGUGUCUGGUUGAGAUUAAAACGUGUAUUUACAAUUGUUAAUUUAAGUCGAAAGAAGUUGUAAAAAAACAUGAAAACACAA